CCCGGCCUCCCCGCCCCCUCCCGGCCCGGCCACUUGCGAGCAUUUGACAGAAGGACGAGUCACGUGGCGGCCGGAAAGCGUCUCUUUGCGACCUCAAUGACAGGCAAAAUGUGCGACAGCCGCUUGCAAGGCAGGGAGGAAGCUGCUCUGGAGUCUCCUCUCCUUCUUUAAAGGCAGGGCUGACUGCUGCCUGGCACCCUUCAGGUCCGGAGUCCUUCUUCCCCGAGCUCCCCAGUAGCCGGGACAGUGGAUUUUGGGAGAGGGGAGAUAUUUGGGGAGAGGCUCCGAGGGGUUUGGCUGAGUUUGGAGUUUUAGAUGAGCUCUUAGCCUCCCUUUCUCUCUCGUCCCCCCACCCCCCGCCCCAGCCCCAACUCCCUGGAGCCCGGUUCUCGCCAGCAGCAACCUGCAGGUGCACAGUUCAGAUAGGAGGAGGGGACACUACCGGCUGCAAUGGCGUCCAACAUGGAUAGAGAAAUGAUACUGGCUGAUUUUCAGGCAUGUACUGGUAUAGAAAAUAUUGAUGAAGCUAUCACCUUACUUGAACAAAAUAACUGGGAUUUAGUGGCAGCUAUAAAUGGUGUUAUACCACAGGAAAAUGGGAUUUUACAAAGUGAAUAUAGUGGAGAGACUUCACAAGGGCCAGCCUAUGGCCCCGCUAGCCAUCCUUCCUCCUCAUCGUCAACACCUUCUUCAUCUUCUGCGUUUCGCCAUGUAGUGCCAUCCAGACAGAUAGUGGAAAGACAACCACGAAUGCUUGACUUCAGGGUUGAGUACAGAGACCGAAAUGUGGAUGUAGUACUUGAAGACAGUUCAACUGUUGGAGAGAUCAAACACAUUUUAGAAAAUGAGCUUCAGAUUCCUUCAUCAAAAAUGUUGCUAAAAGGCUGGAAAACUGGAGACGUAGAUGACAGUACUGUUCUAAAAACUCUACACUUGCCAAAAAACAACAGCCUCUAUGUCCUAACGCCUGAUUUGCCACCACCUUCCUCAUCAAGUAUGCCUGGUGCCCUGCAGGAAUCAUUAAAUCAAAACUUCAUGCUGAUCGUCACCCAUCGAGAAGUCCAGCGGGAGUACAACCUCAACUUCUCAGGAAGCAGUACCAUUCAGGAGGUUAAACGAAAUGUGUAUGACCUGACUAGUAUCCCUGUUCGUCAUCAGUUGUGGGAAGGCUGGCCUGCUUCUGCUACAGAUGAUUCAGUGACCCUAGCAGCAUCGGGAGUCUCUUAUCCUUGCCACCGACUUACAGUUGGAAGAAGAUCCUCACCAGCACAAACCAGAGAACAGUCAGAAGAGCAAUGCACAGAUGUACAUAUGGUUAGUGACAGUGAUGGAGAUGACUUCGAAGAUGCCACAGAAUUUGGAGUGGAUGAUGGAGAGAUGUUUGGAAUGGCGUCAUCUGCAUUGAGGAAAUCUCCAAUGAUGCCAGAAAAUGCUGAAAAUGAAGGAGAUGCCUUACUACAAUUCACAGCAGAAUUUUCUUCAAGAUAUGGUGACUGCCACCCAGUAUUUUUUAUUGGAUCAUUAGAGGCUGCUUUUCAAGAGGCUUUCUAUGGAAAAGCCAGAGAUAGAAAGCUGCUUGCUGUCUACCUCCACCAUGAUGAAAGUGUGCUAACCAAUGUGUUCUGUUCUCAAAUGCUUUGUGCCGAAUCUAUCGUCUCCUACCUUAGUCAGAACUUCAUAACCUGGGCAUGGGAUAUGACAAAAGAAGCAAACAGAGCAAGGUUUCUAACGAUGUGCACGAGACACUUUGGUAGCGUUGUAGCUCAAACUAUUCGAACUCAGAAAACAGAUCAGUUUCCACUUUUCCUGAUUAUUAUGGGGAAACGAUCAUCGAAUGAGGUGCUGAAUGUAAUACAAGGUAACACAACAGUGGAUGAGCUAAUGAUGAGGCUGAUGGCUGCAAUGGAGAUCUUCGGUGCUCAGCAGCAGGAAGACAUAAAAGAUGAGGAUGAACGUGAGGCCCGAGAGAAUGUGAAAAGAGAACAAGAUGAAGCUUACAGAAUCUCUCUUGAAGCCGAUAGAGCAAAGAGAGAAGCACAAGAGAGAGAAAUUGCAGAGCAGUUUCGUUUGGAGCAGAUUAAGAAAGAACAGGAAGAAGAACGUGAGGCUAUUAGGCUAUCUCUAGAGCAGGCCUUGCCUCCAGAGCCAAAAGAUGAGAGCCCGGAAUCAGUGAGUAAGCUGCGUAUCCGAACACCUAGUGGAGAAUUCUUUGAACGACGCUUCCUUGCCAAUAGCAAGCUGCAGGUUGUCUUUGAUUUUGUGGCUUCCAAGGGAUAUCCUUGGGAAGAAUUCAAGCUACUAGGGACUUUUCCCAGGAGAGACGUGACCCAGCUGGAUCCAAAUAAAUCAUUACUGGAAUUAAAAUUGUACCCUCAAGAAACACUUUUCCUAGAGGCAAAAGAAUAGAUCGAGCCAGAUUGGAGGACUAAGCAAUCCUUUGAUAAUGAACGAGGCACGGUGAACGCUUUAUCCAAAUCACCGUGUACUGUCAUUUAACUCAAAAAUCAAUGUCACAACUCUGCCUCUUUCAAGAAGCCGGAAAGGAAGAAUAAACAUAGCUCCUUAAAAGUUUUCCAUACAUGAGUAUAUGUUUCCAACCUCAUUUAAAUGAGCAGAAAAGAAAUAUUCUGCAGUAAACACUGAACACUAUGACUCUGUUGCUCACUUACCAUCUGGCUUUUGUUAUAAUUAAUGCACUGUUAAAAUGUGAGUGAUUGUCAAGUAGAAUUUUUACUCCUCAAUUACCCCCUUUUCACCAAGAAUUCUUGGACAUUUCUGCCUGUACUUUUGACACUAGAAUACUGUAUAUUUGAUAUUUCGGUGAACCAGUGCUCUCAUAUAUAUGCAUUUUCUUCCUGUGUUUGAAUUUCUACUUCACCACCUAAUUUUUUUAAAAAGGCAGAAAAUCAACACAUGGGACAUUUUCAGCCUUGGAGAUUUAACAGUAUUAUAGUAGUAGAAAGCAGAAACCUUUUUUUGUUUUGUUUUGUUGGUACUUUCUGACUCCUUUCAUAAGAUGUAAGGUUUUGUUUGGAGAAUAUAGUUUGACAUAUAUGCAAGAUAUUUAUUUACCUUUUUCCCCUUUUGGAUCUCAGUUCCAAUUCAGUUUAGGGAGUACUUUCCAUUACACUGCAGUGUGCUGAACUGCUGAUGAUAUGAAUAUCUAAAUAAUGUUCAGAAGUGAGCCAGUGCUAAAUAACUGGUAUCUAGCUGAUAGUUCAGUAAUAAGUUGACAUUGACUACCAGCCUCUAAAAGUGUUUCAAAUAGCAAACACACAUUUUAUUUUAUGCUCAUCAUUGUGGAAGAAAUUACAGGAACCCUUCUCUCUGCCCUUUAUUUCCUUUUUGCUUCCUUUCAUUCUGGCACUUGUUUGUAUUUUUUUUCUGCUGUUUUAAAGCACCUUGUUUAUUUCACCAAACAAUAAAAAUGUAAAAUUACAGUGUAUUAAGAAAUCUUCCUCAUUGCAUUUUCAUUAUUGAUCCUGGUACCCAGGGAACUGGUACCCAGGGAACUGGUUCUGAAGCCUGAAUUAUACAAACCAGCCCAACUAUACCUGCUGCCUAAAAUUUAUCAAAAUAAUUUUAUAAGCUUUUUGUUUUUUUAAAAAAGCAACAAAAAUCUAGGUGUAGGGUAUAGCAUUUGAGAGCACCACAGAAACAUCAGCUACUAAACAGAUCAUUGGUUUUUCUGCAUAUAACCCAAGAUUGUAUCAAAGUAUGAAGAUUUAAUAUGAAUCAGAAACAAACGUAUAAACAUUGUCAGUGGUGCUCUGCUUUUCAGAAUGUUGGAUAUAUGAAAUUAGUGUAUGAUUAUUAGGUGGCUAGUAAAGCCGAUAUAUUAUUUUUUACCAAAAAUGCAAAAUGUGGAUGGGGGAGUCUUCUAAAACAAUUACGUUAGUGAAUGCACACAGGACAUACACAGUGAUGUAUUCAUGUCACACUAUUUCAUGCCCCCCCCACAGUACAUGAAACUCAACAUUAGACAAUAUGGAAUGUAUUGGAAAGAUCCAGCUUCUUACCUUAAUUGAAAAGCUAUACAAGUUGCAAACAGAAGAAAUGUAAAAACAAAUUCCACACAUAAGUAGGAAGAAUGAAAUCUACUCCAAGUUAAAAGCCCCAUGCAGUUUAAUUAGAGACAGUUAAGGUCAUGCUUAACCCUUCCAAUGGAAUGAAUGGAACUGUGGUCUACCACUUGUUUCUGCAUCAAAAUUUUCUCUGAAGCAAGUGGAUUCUGAAUUGUGCCCUUAAUUAGCAUUCAUCUGCAAAUGUUCAUUUAGAUUGUUGUCAACCAUACUUCUAAUGAGUGGGCUUGCUGAAAUAUUGAUAUGCAUUAGCAUGGUUUUCACAUCACAUUAAUGGUUUAAUGUGAACAUGCAGCAUGCUAGUGCAUGGUGCUCAAACGUUCUUGCUCUGUUGCUCCCCUGCUCCUGCUGCUGCUGCUGCCAUGCCACUACGAAACAAGCCAGAGUCUGACUUGCUGUGACAUCCAAACCUAGGUUCACAGUUUGUUUCUCUCUAAAUUCUGGCUUGUUUUUCCAGCAGUGUAGCAGAAGCAGAGGAGAAUUUUCCAGUGCUAUGUACCAGCACACUGCAUGUUCAUUUUUAUGUAUGGUUUAAUGUGAUGUGGAAACCAGAUAAUUGUAUAGAAUAUUUU